UUCAUUUAGAAAAAUAAAAGGGAUUUUUAAAUAUUAAAAACGCCACCACUUUUGCACUGGCCAUCUACACUGGAUCAUAUAAUACGUCAUUGGAAACCGCUCAAUUUUGUCUAAUGAAAUCACUUUCUUUUUUCUACUAUUUUAGGUAUACUUACCCUAUAGCUUAUGCCAGUUGUAUGGGAUAUAUGUGAAAUAUCUAAUAUGUUAUAAAUAUAUAGAAUAAUAUGUAUAAUAUAUCACGAUUAUAUUACGUAUCAAUUUAUACGUAAAUUGAACAUAUUUAACUGGUAAGAAGCUAUUCUUCAAAAUAAACUUAGCCUUUCCUUAUGAUACAAUAGUUUUGUAUAAAAUUGUUUCAUAUGUCUGCCUAUCACUAUUGAAACGAAUAUAUUUUUCUCUUUGUUUUAUUUGAAUGUUAAAAUUCUACCUUUUUAUCGUUCUUUCUGCUUUAUCGAAUUCCUUUUUGUAUAAAUCUUCCGUUCCUUCGUAUUCCUCAGACAAACGUGAAAUGAAUUUUCUUACUACAAAUUUCCAAUAUUCUGUGUUUUAGCAGAAAAUGUUGAACAUUGAAAAAAAAAUUGGGCAAACUUUUUCUUUUCCUUUAAUCAUAUAUUUAUGGCUUCCAACUCUACAAGUUGCAACUUUGGUUAUACUUAUCUGUAUUCUUUGUUUGCCAUGAAUACUUUAUGGACACACGGCCAAUGCGCAAGAAGUAACAUCUGAGACGUCUGGCAAAUAUUUUCAGCAUACAGUGUUCAGUCGUCUAUGCACAAACGGUUUUAACGCAAAUACUUUUCAUCCUAUCAUGCAGAAAUAAGCACUGAAUAACAAACAUUAAUAAUUUCUAAAAGCAAAGUCAGUUCGUUUAAAAUGAUACUUAGUAGAAGUAUCAGUCGCCCAGUAGUAAUUGGCCUACGAUUGAUUGGAAUUUGGCCAGGUUCGUCUUAUGAAAUUAUUGUCCGAUGCAUUUGGGUAGCUAACAUGAUGUCUGCGCAAGUAUUUCAGUAUCGGUAUAUAAUAAAGCAUAUUAAUUCUGGAAACUUGGCAGACAUAGUAGACAGUGUGAGCACUACUUUGCCUUAUAGUCUACUGUUCUUUAAAAUAAUUAGCUUUUGGAUUAAACGCGGAAUAUUUAAAAACAUAUUGAUAGGAAUGUCUCGCGAUUGGAUCGACACUUCUACUGCCAAACUUAACGUCCAUGUAAUGAUAAACAAAGCUGAACUUGCAUACCGUUGUUCAAACUUAAUUAUUGGCGUAUACGCUAGUGCCGUUUGUAUAUACGGCGGUAUGUUCCUGGAAUUCAGUCGUCAGGAUCAAGAUGACGGAUUUAAUAUAACAUCUCGACAAUUGUUAAUAAAAAUGGACCUUCCGUUUGCAUAUUAUGAAAGUCCAAUGUAUGAAUAUGUAUUUGUUGUACAAUUUCUUCAACUAUUAGCUACUGGAAUUAGCAUUGCUAUGUUAGAUGCUUUGAUAAUUACAUUGAUACUUCAUAUUGGCGGACAAAUAGAAAUGUUACACGAAGCUCUAGAAAAUAUUUCUAUCAAAGAUGAAAAACAUGGAUCAUUACGAAAUGUCAUUAAAUCUUUAACUGAUCAUCAUUACCGGAUUAUCCUUAAUUCGGAAUAUAUCGAAAAAUUAUUCUCGUAUAUUGCUUUGAUGCAAUUAUUAUGUAAUACAAUCGUCAUAUGUUGUAUAGGCUUCUUAAUAAUAGUUGCGGUUAAUUCAUACGGUGACAUAAAAAUACUUAUGAAAAUUUUGUUAUUUUAUAUCGCUAUUACGUUGGAAGCAUUUAUUUUUUCCUACGCUGGGGAAUAUCUUAGUAGUAAAAGCCUGUCAGUUAGCAGUUCAGCUUACGGCUCUUCUUGGUACUUAUUAGAACCUAGAAACAGACGUGUCGUGAUUCUUCUUAUGAUAAGAUCACAAAGAAGUUUAACGAUUACUGCUGGGAAAUUUAUGGAUUUGUCUAUGAUCGGCUUUGCAACUAUUUUGAAAGCUUCUGCAUCAUAUGUAUCGGUAUUGUAUGCGUUAAGAAAUUCUACAUAUGUCACGACUAUUAUGACAAGAUUCUACAAAUUUAAUAUUAAUAUAAAUUGGUUAAAUCGCAUUAUUGAAACAUCAGCCACAUUCUUGUUUUGCGAUAUUUUAUCAACCAUGGAAGAGGACUGUCAGAAAUAUGCUAAUAUGGAUAUAAAUAAUCUGAUAACAAAAGCCGGGUUGGUCUCCUUUUAUGCAACUAGCAUGAUCAUGUCCUUCUAUCUGGCGACUACGAUUUAUUAUCUUGGCGGCACUAUUGCAUUUCAAGGAACGAACGAUUCAAUGUCUCGAGAGCUUCUUUUGAAAAUGGAUUUACCAUUCGAGACGAGUGAAUCCCCGAAUUACGAACUUGUGGUUACUACACAAUUUAUUAUUCAUAUCUCAGCGGCUUUUGCGUUCGCAACGUUCACUGCCCUGCUUUUCAUGACGAUAGUGCACGUAGGGUGUCAAAUCGACAUAAUGUGCCAGAAUCUAACAUAUGCUUUUCCUAAAAAUGAAAACAAGUUAAAAUUUUUUAUUGGUAGAUAUCAAGAAAUCAUUGCCUUUGCAGAAAAAAUUGAAAAACUUUUUACGUAUAUAGCUCUUAGCCAACUUAUAUCAAAUACAGUUAGUACUUGCUGCGAAGGAUUCCUCAUUGUACUUGCUGUAAACGAUCAGAGUGGACUUGUUGUACUGAUCAAAUGUGUUUUAUUUUAUAUAGUUAUUUGCUCAGAAGUUUUCAUAUAUUGUUUCGCUGGGGAAUAUCUUCGCAUUAAGAGCCAAUUAAUCGGCGACACAGCGUACAAUAUGCUUUGGUACGAUUUACGUCCAAACAAGAGUCGACUUCUGAUACCUGUUAUAUUAAGGUCUCAAAGAGGUUUCACAUUGACUUUCGGAAAAUUCUCAAACCUUUCCUUGGAAAGCUUCACAGGCGUGAGUUAUUUGUUCUCUAUCCACUUAGAUCACAUAUAUUUUAACUGGCGUGUAAAAACUACUUGUAAAAGCAAUGGUUAAAGGAAUUUUUAGGAAUCUUAGGGUAAGUCACGCGCAUGUAAAUUGCAAUGGGUAUAAAAUGUAUUGAGCACACCACUAUAUUUAUUACAGCAUUCACAUACUAGUUCAUUAUUAAAAAUCCAAUGAAGUUUCGUAUCAUUUAACAGUACUAUCACGUGAAUACAAAAAUUGUAUAGUAUGAAAAUGAAAUUUACAGUACCCGAUUGGUGCCUGUUUUAUUGUAAAAUAAGGGCGUGAGCCAAUAAUUUUUCUAGGCACUGUAAUCAAUACAAGGAGCAAUAUUACUUAUUAUUUAAUAUAGGUAAUAUAUUUGCCUAUAAUCGUAUAUUUGCCAAAUCGAAACUUAUACCAUAUGAGUUUCUCUCGUAAUUUUCGAAGAUGUUGCAAUUUUUUGCAAUAAGUAUAUUCGCUUUUGCCUUCGUAAUACAUAAUACGUGGUAUUCGUUUCGUCUAUCAGAGUAAUUCGAAACUCAUAGCUCUUUAUAAUUUAACUUUGUUAUAUGUAUAUUGAAAACAAGACAGUACAUGGAAUGUUCUUUUGGCAAAACAAGUGGCUUGCGACAGGCGCGAGAAUAGGAGUAUGUGGCACCUGCAAAAGCUAUGCUUUAAAAUAAUUAAUUGCGAUAUCCCUGAUAUCAAUUAUGCACAAAAUAUAGUUUUUCAUUAUUUUCAGUUAGAUCAUAUUUCGUUUCAUCAGAAAAGAUAUUAUUAGUUUUAAUACGUAUCGUAUUGGUAAUAGGUUUCUUGUACCAUUUCCUUUAUACGAUGCGUUUUUAUAUUUACUAUUAGUCGGAAUUCCUUUAGUCUUUGCUUUUGCGCAAAAAUAAAAUUCUAUCAAGUCGGAAGCUUUUUCACGUUACUGUCUGUUUGAUUUUCGACGGAAAAUUAUGCUUUUGCUUUGUCAAAAUUAUCGCUAUUCAACGGACACACUUUUAUGGCAUUAUUUUGUGUUUUACAUUUAUAGAUUAUGAAGGUUUCAGCGUCAUAUAUGUCGGUACUUCUGGCAUUAUACUGAAAAAUACAAAUGGUAACUUCGAUGUGGAAUUAUCGUGUCAAGUGUACAAUUGAUUUAACACUAGCUAUUGUUAACUGGAUUAUUAUACAAAGAAUUACAAGCAGAAAAAUAAUAUCAUUGUUGUAUUAGUAGUGAUAAAUAAAUAGCGUAUAUAAUGUUAA